UAACAAGAUGGCGUAUUGAAAAUUAAUAUAGAAUAGAGUAAUGAUAAAUUGAAAUAUCGAUGGCUGGAAGAGGUGCUCACCCCUUUUUCAAAUUUUUAUUUAUCCAUAACCUCGGAACAUCCUGUUGCGCGUGCGUGUGUCCAAAGGUUUUAACAACCGCUAAAAAUAAUAUUUUAACCAUAACCAGUUUUCCGUUUCAUAAGGAAACGAUCGUAAAACUGUCCUGUUUCCCUGGCAUUCCUUUAUACCUUCAUUUUCAUUUCGUCCCCAUUAAGGAUCGAGUUCGCGAUUUUAGUCCUAUCGAGGGGGUUCUCAUGCCGAUAGUUGAACGCGGCUAACGAUAUCGAACAUUGUCGUAAAUAAAUAUCGCGAUUACAUCCGACUCGUCUCGGUGUAUUACUCGUUUUGGUUACAAUAGCGAACCGAUAGCCAUUUUCCUUGCCGGUGGUGGGAGAGGAACCGGUUUGCGAACGCAUCGACAACAACCUUGGCAGUGGAAACAAUCGAAAUUACUUCGCCGCUUUCCAACGGAUCGAUUUAUUUUUUCCAACCCAACACUUGCCAAAACUCACCCGUUCCGAUUUUUCCCUCCUGAUUUAUCUUGAUUUUUGAUCCGCGUAACGGAUUGUUCCUUACGCAAUUCAGUUGGGAAAAUCGAUCGAAAAAAAUCUUGUUAAAUUCCAGGAAAGGAUUCGAGGCAUUCGGGAAAUCGGUGUCGCGACACGCUCGAAACAAGUUGGUUAUUUCUUGCGCGGUUGAUCGGGUGUCAACUUAAUUUCUGAGCUGCAUGGAUGAGUAUUUAAUUGGACGCUUUGUUCUCCUGCUUUUUCUCCAUCCCAUCCCGGGAAUCACGGAAGGAAUGUUAAUCCGGGAUAGACCAUGGACUCCCAACCUGUGCUAUGCACCUCUGCUUCUCACACUUUCGAUUAAUCAUUUUUCGCACCGCGCUUUAACUUUAUUUCUACUAUUAUCCUAUUGUUGUAUCAACUACUACUAUUAUUAUUACUAAAUCCUAAUUAUUGUCAUUUACUGCUCUCUUCCAUUAACGAUUGUUUAAAAUUUAUUAUUAUUACCGGUACACUAGCAAUACCUAUGGAAUGGAGGUGUAUAUUUACAAUCAUUAUAAAGAGAAAUGAUGGCGUCUAAUCGAAAGUUGGGAAGCACUGGGAUAGAAGGAAUAACGCGACGGCGGAGGGAGAGGGGGACAUUCUUAUCUCGCGAGAUCUCUAAUUAAAAAGAUUUCUCAUUGCCGCCUUGGCUUGGGUAGACAAGGAGAAAGAUCGGCGGCGAGGCUGCUCGAUCUUUGGGAUGCCGAUGCCCGGAUCGUUAAUCGACGCCGAUUCCGGUUAAUCGGUAAUUAGCGAUGCGGAUGCGGCAUCGAGCCGGCCAAGGAAUGAUUGAAAGGGAAUCGUUGAAUUGGAAAUAGACGAGGGUCGGCUCCAAUCCGCCAUUGUUCCUUUUGAAAUCAUCGAUCGAUUCGAGAUUGAUACACUCGAUACAUUCUUCCGUAAUCCCUUUUUCUCGUCCAUUCCAACCGUCUUCGCGAUUCUGUAUUUUCAUUCCAGUCGUUGCCCUAACCUUUUUUUUUUUUUUAAAUAAAUGGGACAGCUGAGUGUUUCGAAGUUGAAAUUGAAUAAUUGUCGAUAAUUGCGUGUUACCAUCUAUCGGUAACUCCGUCUCGUAUUUCACGAAUCGAUUAUCCCGAGUAAGUUGAUAAUUUAUUGAUAUGUAGCGUCAAGGUGUAAUAAUUAUUUGAAAGUUUAAGCAACGUUAAAAUUCAUUUCACGAUAUAAAUAAAUUUUGGAUCUCUGCAAAGUCACACAAAUUUCUUUGGAUUUCAUCGCGAUGUAUCUCGAAAAAUAAAAAGAAGUCUUACGGAGGGUAUUAUAUACGUAAGCGAAACGCAUGGUCCCCUUUUCGUGUACAGGAUACGCGAGGUGUGUUUUAAUUAGUGCACCGGAUGGCCGACCGAAUUUCUUCGGAUUACGUGGUGUUUUACGGUGGAAAGAGGGUCAGAGAUGCCUCGUACGAGGGCCGAGGUCCUGUUGGAUAUGUACGGACACGCAGAAGGAGGGAUUUCUCGUGCGUACGUGAUAUGCGUGGCUGGAAUGGCAGAAAAGUUACGCGAGGCGGCCGCACGUGGCGACGUAGCGCGGGUUGCGCGACUCCUUGACGAAGAUAUUAAGCCAUUGCCGGACGAAAAUGGGAGAAGUCCUCUGUUACUGGCUGCAGCAGCUGGCCACGUGGAUGUCUGCGAAACUUUGCUUCUUAGAGAAAUCGACAUCAAUGCCGCGGACAAUACUGGGGUGACGCCAUUGCAGAGAUCUGCAUCGGAGGGCCAUUUGGAAGCGGUGGAAUUAUUGUUGAAACACGGUGCUGACGUCGCUCGCCAAGACACCGUGCAUGGAAAUUCAGCUUUGCACGAGGCGUCGUGGCGAGGAUACAGCAGAACCGUGGCAGCCCUGGCCAAGGCUCUGGGGACCCAACGUGCACCCUUGCACGCGAGGAAUCUCGCUGGAUUCGCGCCGCUCCACCUCGCCUGCCAAAAUGGACACAACCAAAGCUGCCGCGAGCUCCUGCUGGCUGGUUGCAAUCCCGACCUUCAAAACAACUACGGGGACACGCCGCUACACACGUCUGCGAGGUACGGCCACGCAGGUGUUACGAGGAUCUUGAUCUCCGCCCUUUGCCGUGUGUCUGAUCAAAACAAGAACGGCGACACGGCGUUGCACAUCGCGGCGGCGAUGGGACGUCGAAAGUUGACGAGGAUCCUGCUGGAGGCGGGCUGCGACCGUAGCCUGAGGAACAAGCAAGGGGAGACCGCGAAGGACAUAGCGAGGCGCAAGAACCUCGCCGAGAUAUUGGAGAUAAUCGGUAAAGCGCGAAGCAAGAGCAGAGCCCGGAGCAAGAGUCGCGAGGAGGAGGCGACGCCGGCGACUCCGGCCGACAAGGUCGACGGGAAGAGCGGGAGCAAGAACGAGAAGAAGCGAGAGAAGACCGGUAGUGGGACCAGCGGGAGCAGGGACAGUUGCGGGAAGAAGGAGAAAAAGAAGCACAAAUCAUCGAGUAAGCAGAACAAGGUCCACUUCGAGAAGGCCGUGAUGGGCAGACAGUGGUCCCCCUACGGGUGCCAUUACUAUCCCGAUCCGGAAGCGUUUCCCCAACCGCGUUUGGACUCGUUGCCGCCGGACCCGUUGGGCCGGGGAGAGCAAUAUUACCUGGACUUGGCGGGAAAUAUCAGAAAGGGGCCCGUGGGGGUGGGGUACACGUGCUACUGCGCCCCCUUCUUCAGGCACAUGGAGGCGAAGCUGGAGAGGGACAAGGCGGAGCUGAAGGCGCACAUAGAUCAGGCCCACGAAAGGUUGGACUUGAAGGUGGCCAAUCUGGAGAGGAGGACGAGGGGGCAGAUAUCGGAGCUGACGAGAUGCGUGGCGGCGGAGAGGUCGAGGUGCGACGAGAGGCACUUGCACCUUCAGCAGCGUCUUUCGAGGGGCGGGAAAGGGAGGCACAGCGAGAGGCCGGCGAAAACAUCGUCGGCGUUCGGCAACGACCAACAAUUCCCACCUGCUCGGGCGAGGUCGUUGGAGGAUCUUCUAGACGACAGGCCUCACGAUAGAAGCUUCGAGAUCCCGGGAGAGACAUCGAUUCAUCGUGGCAGCUUGGACGAUCUUGAUAUUCCCGCUAUACCGAGGCUGAGCAAGUCGAUGAGGGAUCUUCCCUCCGGUUCUGGCGUCUCGAGGUCAACGCUUAGGGUACUCGACGUGCCUGCCAGAUUGAACGAAACGUUCGACGGGGUGAUCAAGCAGGAUCGAAGCUCGCCGCUAGGCGCCGCCUCCUCGCCCUCCAUUGGAUCCAGGCAACAGGUCCAUCAGCAACGCGAUCUAUCAUCUCGAGAUCAUGGCGUAAAUUCGUGCCAGGACGAGAGCAACGCGGCGAGGAAGAACGAGGAUACCUCGAACGAGUGGAAAUCUUCCGGACGACGAAGCGUUCAUGAGAUGAUUAAGCGAUUUCAACAAGUACCUGGCAUGCACAACGGUUGGAGGGGGCCGCGUUCUGGAAGUAGCGAACCCACCAGUCCGGAGCACAGUCAGUGUUCUCAAAAUCAAAGGGUUCAACCGCAGGGUGGUGUAGGAAAUACGUGGCGUGGCGAAGGGAAUGACAGCGAAAGCAGCGAAGGAGAUGACGAGCAACCAGAAGCAUUGAGCGGAGGGAUCUCUGGAAAAGGAGUGAUAUCGGAGCACGUGCAUUACGACAGCAUCGCCAGAAUGCCAUAUAGGUCCCGUAAUGCGGUUUAUAGCCCAACGCCGCCUUUGCAUGACGCGCACAAUGAUUCCGGAUACAGCACUCGCAUGUAUGGUUCCAGCAAAGGUGCUUCACCUUCGUUAUCAGGUCAAUUAGAGUGCGAUGUAAUUCUUCCGACUAAUCCAAAAGCAUUUCCAAGUGGAGAACAAUUGGCUGCGCUCUUAGAACAACCGAGAAAUCACGAUCUUACAGUGUACGAACGCGGUGCCGACAACUGUGUUAUCAAUAUUGGAACCGCGAGUCUCGUUUAACGCGUACGCGUAAUACUAUAAUACGUUAUUUGGAAACAAAUUCUUACACAAUUCUUCCAAAGACAUCGAUAUUUUAUAUAUAAAUACUCUACUCAGGUGUUAAUGUAAUUCUUUUUAAAAAUGAUAUGUAUAAAAUUUAAGAUUCUCUUGUACAAAAUGAUUCUCGUUUCAAAGAAUAGAACGUUGUCGUUUUGUAAAUAACUUGUAGGUAUAUGUAUGUUAAAUAUUUUUAAUGUAUUCGAAUCUCUUUUUUUAUACGAUCACGAUCGUAUUUAUUGUCACGAGAAAUUUCAUUGAUGAAAUUCUAAAAAGAUAAAAAGAAAAUAAAAGUAUUAAAAGAGAAAUGGAGUAGAUUAAGUAUAGAUAAUUCUUUUUUAAUCGGUAUGUAACGCUCUGAUGAACGAUUAAUAUCAUCUUCGUAACAGGAAAAAUUACUUACCUAUAAAUUGCCAUGUACUGCCAACGAUAGAUUGAAUUAUAUCUAUUUAUUAUCUAAA